UGGUAAACCCCUCGCAGAACCCUUCUGCAAGUCGUCUCCACCAUUGUUCUAUGUUUAAACCCUAACGAUCAAUCACCAAAAUGCACGCAGUAGUUCGAUCUCGUUCGGCUCGUGUUUCCUCUCUUCUUUCGAGGAACAGCCGCCGCUCCUCCUCCAGCUCCGCCACCAAUCCCCCGGAGGAUCCGAUCAUAUCCUCUGCAAGAGUCGUCCACAAUCAAUCUCCGCCGUCGCAUACCUCUCCACCCUCUUCUGUGCCUCCGGCAGCCGGAGCUGAGAGUAAACCAUGGAAUUUUCUCAUGUACGCCCUCGCCGCCGCCAUCACUGGCGGUGCUGCCACAGCUGGAUACGCCACCUACGCUUACUCUUUGGAUGAAGUUGAACAAAAGACAAAGGCUUUACGUGCUGCAGCAAAUUACACUGUUGGAGAUGAUGCACCUGCUUCUGAGAAAUUUCAAUCUCGGUUGUACUCUUCUGUAAUGACAGUGCCUGCAAAGUUAGUCGAAUUUUACCUAGACAUGAGGCAGUUGACAGAAGAACAUGUUCGAGGUUAUACAGAACCAACAUCUGAUAAACUCCUGCCAGAUUUGCACCCCAUGGAGCAGCAUGUGUUUACCAUUGUUCUUGAUCUAAAUGAGACACUGAUAUACUCUGAUUGGAAGCGUGACAGGGGUUGGGCAACUCUGAAAAGACCUGGUGUUGAUGCUUUUCUCGAACAUUUAGCUCAAUAUUAUGAAAUUGUUGUAUACUCUGACCAGUUGAACAUGUAUGUUGAUCCUGUUAUUGAAAGGUUGGAUCAAAAGCACUGUAUUCGGUAUCGGCUCUCAAGAGGUGACACUAAAUAUGUCAAUGGGAAGCAUUAUAGAGACCUUUCGGCACUGAACAGGGAUCCUGGAAGGGUUAUUUAUAUUAGUGGUCAUGCAGUUGAAAGUAGCCUCCAGGCGGAAAAUUGUGUGGAAAUAAAACCAUGGAAAGGAGAAGUUGAAGAUACAGCACUUUUGGAUCUUAUUCCAUUUCUUGAAUAUGUUGCCAAACAUAGGCCGGCCGAUAUACGGCCCGUUUUAGCUUCAUACCAAGGACGUGAUAUUGCCAAGGAGUUCAUCGAACGAUCCAAAGAGCACCAGAGGCGAAUGCAGGAACAAAAGCAGCAAGGCAGUUUCUGGCGUCGCUAGGCGAAUGCAAAUGGAAAUUGUACGAAUGCAGUUUCUUCGUUGAAAUAAUGAGAACGUGUCAAGGCAGAGGCGUAUAAUUUAAACCAAUUUUGAGUCGAGAACUCCAUCCCGGGCUAGAGAAAUCAACUGGCCACUAAAGUCUUCAUUCUUUUUGCAUUUGAAUGGUUGAGUCCACCAAUAUAAUUGCAAUUUGUGUACUAUAGCUAACUGAUAUUUGCUUGUAUUUUUCUUUCUUGUCUGGAAAAAAUGCUACUUUACAUGGCCCAACAUUGUAAUGGAGGCAUGGAGCUCUACUUCAAUUCUUGGAUAUUCCAUUACUUUUCUAGUUA